AUGCACAGGAGAACGAUGAACGCGGAUGAAGAACUGUUGGAAGACGAGGUUGCUGUACUACCGACGUCCCAGCAUGCGUGUGCUUACUGUGGGAUAGAUUCGCCCGUGAGCGUUAUUCGUUGUAACGGUUGUUCACGAUGGUUUUGCAAUUCCAAGCACGGCACGGCAAGCUCGCAUAUCGUGAAUCACCUGGUUUUGUCUCACCACAACGUCGUUUCGUUGCAUCCGGACUCGGAUCUUGGUGAUACGGUGCUUGAAUGUUACAACUGUGGUUGUAAGAAUGUAUUUCUUCUCGGGUUUGUCUCUGCUAGAGGUGAAGCAGUCGUGGUUUUACUAUGUCGGGUCCCCUGUGCGCAGAAUAAGAAUGCUAAUUGGGAUACUGAUCAGUGGCAACCACUAAUCGAGGAUCGUCAAUUCUUGAACUGGGUCGCCGAAGAACCUACCGAGGAACAAAAGUUGAGCGCAAGGCUCAUCACUCCUUCACAAAUGUCAAAACUUGAAGCAAAAUGGAAAUCUAACAAGGAUGCUACCAUCAAUGAUAUCGAUGCACCAGAGGAACAGGAGGAAAUUCCACCCGUUUUACUCAAGUACCAGGAUGCAUACGAGUACCAAAGGUCUUAUGGACCACUGAUCAAACUUGAGGCAGAUUAUGACAAACAGCUUAAAGAAUCACAGGCAUUAGAGCAUAUUUCCGUUACAUGGUCCCUCGCUCUUAACAACAGGCACCUAGCGUCCUUUGCCUUGUCAACUUUUGAAUCUAAUGAAUUGAAAGUUGCUGUAGGUGAUGAAAUGGUACUACGUUACUCUGGUCUGCAACACCCCGAAUGGGAGGGAAGAGGAUAUAUCGUUCGUUUACCAAACAGCAUGCAGGACGAAUUCACUUUGGAAUUGAAACCCAGUAAACAACCACCUCCAACGCAUUUGGGGACUGGUUUUACUGCAGAAUUCAUUUGGAAAGGUACUUCCUAUGAUAGAAUGCAAGACGCUUUGAAAAAAUUUGCUCUUGAUAAGAAAUCUAUUUCAGGUUUCCUCUACUAUAAGAUCCUGGGUCACCAGAUUGUGGAUAUCCAAUUUGAAGUUAAUUUGCCUAAGGAGUUUUCCAUCAAACAUUUCGCUCAACUAAAUGCAUCGCAAUCUCACGCAGUGGAACAUGUUUUACAAAGACCUUUGUCAUUAAUACAGGGACCUCCAGGUACCGGUAAGACUGUCACUUCGGCAACAAUAGUUUACCACUUGUCAAAGAUGCACAACGAACGAAUUCUAGUGUGUGCACCCUCCAACGUCGCAGUCGACCAUUUGGCUGCUAAGUUGCGUGAUCUUGGUUUAAAGGUCGUUAGACUGACUGCCAAAAGUCGUGAGGAUGUUGAAAGUUCUGUAUCGAAUUUGGCACUACAUAACUUGGUCGCAAGAUCUUCCAAGGGUGAACUGAAGAAAUUACUCAGACUAAAGGAGGAAGUGGGUGAACUCUCCAUUGGUGAUACUAAGAAAUUCGUGAAAUUGGUUAGAAAGACAGAGUCCGAGAUCCUGAAAAAGGCUGAUGUCGUUUGUUGUACCUGUGUUGGUGCUGGUGAUAAGAGACUCGAUACCAGGUUUAGAACAGUGUUGAUCGACGAGAGUACUCAGGCAUCUGAACCAGAAUGUUUGAUUCCAAUCGUCAAGGGCGCAAAGCAAAUCAUUUUGGUCGGUGAUCAUCAACAGCUGGGUCCAGUUAUUCUCGAGCGUAAAGCUGGUGAUGCUGGUUUGAAACAGUCUUUGUUCGAAAGGCUCAUUGCACUAGGGCAUGUUCCUUUGCGUCUAGAGGUGCAAUACCGUAUGAAUCCAUACUUGAGUGAUUUCCCAAGUAAUGUGUUUUAUGAAGGUAGUUUGCAAAAUGGUGUUACCAUCGAACAACGUACCGUUACCAACAGCACUUUCCCUUGGCCUAUUCACGGAGUACCCAUGAUGUUCUGGGCCAACUAUGGUAGAGAAGAGAUCUCUGCGAAUGGUACUUCGUACCUGAAUAGAAUCGAAGCAAUGAACUGUGAACGUAUCAUAACAAGAUUGUUCAAAGAUGGUGUUAAACCGGAACAGAUAGGUGUUAUCACCCCAUAUGAGGGUCAGAGAGCUUUUAUCUUACAGUAUAUGCAAAUGAACGGAUCCCUGGAUAGAGACCUCUACCUGAGUGUCGAGGUGGCGUCUGUCGAUGCAUUUCAAGGAAGGGAAAAGGAUUAUAUCAUAUUGUCCUGCGUACGUGCAAAUGAGCAGCAAAUUAUUGGAUUUUUGAGCGAUCCUCGCCGUUUGAACGUCGGCCUUACUCGUGCCAAAUACGGACUGGUCAUCUUGGGAAACCCAAGAGCUUUGUCUACUAACGCGUUGUGGAAUAACCUAUUAAUUCAUUUCCGUGAAAAGGGCUGUCUCGUCGAAGGCUCACUAAACAACCUACAGUUGUGCACCGUGCAGUUAACGAGGAACAGGCCAAACAAGAAUAACACCAAUAAGUUUCCAUUCACAGUCGAUACAGCAGGCUUCUCUAGCGUUCAAGAUUUUGAUACACAAAGUUUAAUGUCCUUUGGUGGUGAGGUAGAUCCUUUCAAAGGGACAGGACUUGCGCCAGAAAAUGAACUCUCAUCCUUCCUGAACAACCAAAUGUGGAACGCUGACAAUUUCGCCUCGUACGAAGGUCGUGCAUCGACUCAAGAGAAUGACACUGAGCGGCUAAGUAAAGGCAUACAUUCCCUAAAUAUAUAA